AAAGCAGUGAUCAUGAGACUUCGACUUGACAAGCCAACCGUCCAAGUUGAAAACAAGCUGGAAGUUCGAAACUGGAGUGAUUCUAGAAACUCGAAAGUUGAAAAACCUCCCAAACCCUCCAAAAAUUCCCAAGACAAAUAAUCUGAGAAAAACAAAGAGCUCGGUUUCCUUUUUUUUUUUCUUUUAUUUUUACUUUUUAUUUUAUUUUGGGUUGGAGUCUUGGAGAUUCGGUUUCUGCAUUUGAGUUCCGAUUUCAGAUCCCUGGGUUCUUUACUAUUGCACGCGCGCUGGAGGAUCCAUGUCAGCUCCAUUAUGAUCCAGAAUGUAUCGUAAUGAUAGAAGAUGGCAAUCCAAGAAGUGGAAUACAUACUAUUUGCAUUUAUUGCUCACAACAUGGAUAAAAGAAGAGUUAAAAUGGUUGUUGCAGCUAGUUAUCUAGUUUAGCUGUAAGUUGGAAAUGAAGAAGUGGUUUGGAGGCAUGUUUGUCCUGGCUCUUGUUAUGAUCUUGGUUCUCCGUUACAGCCUUAUGGGAAUCCAGCCAAAGAAGCAGUCGGCUUAUAGUUUUUUUAAAAACCAUCCGCCCAAUGAGUCUCAGAAAAGGGACAGUGGCUCCAUUAGGUCUUCAGAAAUGCAAGCGAAGAAAGUUGCAAAGCCAUCAAUAAAGACCCCACUUGUAAAUAUUGAAGGACUCAGUGAUCUCUAUGCUUCCAAGAAUCUUUCUGAAAAAGAGUUAAAGGCCUUACUUGUAUGGGCUCACUUGCGUACACUACUGUCCAGAUCUGACGCUCUGCCUGGAACAGCGGAAGGUGUUAAAGAGGCUUCCAUAGCUUGGAAUGAUUUGUCCUCAACAAUUGAGAAGGAAAAAUCCUCCAAGUAUAGCAACACUAACAGCUCCAAAGAUAGAAAUUGUCCUUACUCUGUGAGUACACUUGAUCAGACAGCGCUGAAUGGUGUAGUCAUUCUCGAGAUCCCAUGCGGUUUAGUUGAGGAUUCUUCCAUUACUUUAGUUGGCAUUCCUAAUGGGCAGCAUGGAAGCUUUCAAAUUGAACUUGUAGGCUCACAAAUUUCUGGGGAGCCCACGCUUCCUAUCAUCUUACAUUUCAAUGUCAGUCUGCCUGGAGAUAAUAUGACAGAAGAGCCUUUUAUCAUUCAGAAUACAUGGACUAGUGAAGCUGGGUGGGGAAAAGAGGAAAAGUGUCCUGCUCAUAGGUCUGCUAACAUUGUCAAAGUUGAUGGACUCGUUCUUUGCAAUGAACAAAUUGUCAGGAGCAAUGUGGAAGAGAAUGCAAAUGUGAGUCAUCCUAGUAGUGACAUGUUGAGCAGUGUUUCCCGGGGAAGCGCCCAUGGAAGUGCUAGUUUCCCAUUUGUUGAAGGGAAUCCUUUUACUGCCACAUUGUGGGUUGGUAUAGAGGGGUUUCACAUGACUGUGAGUGGAAGGCAUGAAACGUCCUUUGCAUAUAGGGAGAAACUUGAGCCAUGGUCAGUUAGCAGAGUCAAAGUAACAGGUGGCUUGGAUCUCUUAUCUGCCUUUGCUAAAGGCUUGCCUGUUUCUGAAGAUAAUGAUUUAGUUCUUGAUGUGGAGCAUCUCAAGGCUCCAUCAGUUUCCAGAAAAAGAUGUGUAAUGUUGGUUGGUGUGUUCUCAACUGGAAAUAAUUUUGAGCGUCGAAUGGCACUGAGGCGGUCUUGGAUGCAAUAUGAGGCUGUACGUUCAGGGGAUGUGGCUGUUCGAUUUUUUGUUGGCCUUCACAAGAACAGCCAAGUCAAUUUUGAGCUAUGGAGAGAAGCUCAAGCAUAUGGGGAUGUCCAGCUGAUGCCCUUUGUUGACUAUUACAGCUUGAUCGCUUUGAAAACAAUAGCAAUUUGCAUCCUGGGGACCAAAGUUCUUCCUGCCAAAUAUAUUAUGAAAACAGAUGAUGAUGCUUUUGUUAGGAUCGAUGAAGUUCUCUCUAGUCUCAAGGGAAAGGCAGCGAAUGGCCUCUUGUAUGGUCUUAUUUCUUUUGAAUCAGCACCCCAUAGGGACAAAGACAGUAAAUGGUAUAUUAGUACUGAGGAAUGGCCCCAUGCUUCAUAUCCACCAUGGGCCCAUGGGCCAGGAUAUAUUAUCUCUCGAGACAUCGCAAAAUUCAUUGUCCGUGGGCACCAGGAAAGAGGCCUUAAGCUUUUUAAACUAGAAGAUGUGGCGAUGGGCAUAUGGAUUGAACAAUAUAAGAAGAGCGGUCAAGAAGUGCAUUACAUAAAUGAUGAUAGGUUUUUCAAUGCCGGAUGCGAACAGGAUUAUGUUCUCGCACAUUAUCAAGGCGCAAGGAAGGUGUUGUGCCUUUGGGAGAUGCUUCAGAAAGAGCACAAGGCCAUUUGCUGCGAGUAAACAUCAAGUUUAAUGACGCAUGAAAGAAUGAGCAGCUCAACUCUUUGAUGUAGAGUCAAGUCAAAAGCAGUUUGGCAACUGGAAUUUGAAUUGCAUUUCUUGAAACUAUUGGUAUUCUAUUCUUUGUUGCAUGCCCUGGUGGCAUGCCAUGCAAUGCUAGAUAUUCCCAGUUUGGCAAUGAGUUCGUCUUUCUUCGUUAUUUUGUACUGAUAUUUUUUCCUCUUUUUUGGUGACUUCGUCUCAAUUUAUUAUUGUUCAUAUAUGCCAA